UGAAGUUACCAAGUCUUUUGAAAAAAUCACGGAAAUAUUAUUCUUUUUGACUACAUUCAAGUGAGUUUUUGGUUUUCUCUCAUUGCAAGAGUACAGGACUACGCAAUGGCUUCGUCUUCACCAAUACUUCAAACUGAAAAUAAGCAAAAAAAUUGCGAAGAGUUGAUCAAAAGUUUUAAUAAGGCUGAAAGAUUCACUGGAAAACUAGAUUUUCUUGGCUCUCUGACAUACCAAGUAUUUCCUGACAUUUCUCUAAUGGACAUGGAGACAAAAUACUUUGCAAAAGUAAUUCCCAAGGUCUAUGAGAUGAUUAUAGAGGUUCUGGUCAAGAUAGUUGAUCUUCUACAAGCUCUUGGCUGCACUGAUGACGAUGAGUCCAUUUUACUGACCAUACAGUCCAAUUUGAAAGGUGUUAUCACUUGCAUAGAAUACUUGGAGAGCUGUACUCUACACGUAUGCCAGACUGCACCUUCUCUGUCCAUCAAACAAAUCCAUUCACUGCAUCCUGCUGUACUAAAAACUAUAAUCGCCACCUUUACCCACUGCAAGGAAAGUGAAUCCAUUUAUUCUGACUUCUUUCAACAUUUCUCAGAAGAGUUAUCAAUCUUAUUCAAGAAAACCUUUCAACUGCAAAAGGUCUUAAUGGAGCUCAUUGAGAAGGUAAACUUGGACUAUGAUUCUGAUUCAGAGGAAGUCAAAGACAUGACUGAUGUCUGUCACCAUCUUCUUGAAAUUUGUAUCUUGAUUUGUAACGUCGAUACGGGUCUUCUGGUGAAUACCUGGAAAGUAUUAAACAGGCUGGUCACAAAGCACAAAGCUGCAAUUGAAAAUGAUCUUGAUGUUGAGAAGAUAGUCAAUCAUUUGUGUGACUCAAUCAAGUCUAAACUGACGCAGUGUGUUACUAUGGCAACAAUUAAUGAUGGACAAGAUCCUGGACAGUUUGCUAACACUGCUGAAUCAAAGUCUUUGAGUAGGAUGCUUAAAGUUGUACGGUUUCUGAUUGGCCAUCUGAUACAUAUUGUUAAGGAAUAUAGCGAAUAUCUUUCUGGUUGUGAGUCCAGCAUUUUAAGCUUACUCAUUUCAUUACAUAGCAUUUUACCUCCAAGUUUAUCAGCCCCACAAAUAGUUGCUUCAAUACAGCAGGAAAUGUCUUCAUUGAUAUUGGUUGUAAUCCAACCGCUUUUGAAAAUUCUUGUUACUAACAAAGCAUUUGCGGAUUUGGUAACAAGAAAAGCAAGAGCAAACGGCACGGACUUUGAUGGUUUUGGGAUGGCUAGAGUACUUGUAGAUAUUGCAGGAAUACUCCCAGAACAACCAGACGAUGUAUUCACUUUGUGGAUGAAACCUAUGGAUUACCCAGAGGAGGAACCAUGCCUAUCUUUGCUGCAAAAAACCAUAGAAUGUCUCAAAACUUGUGCAGUUGAGCUCAGUCUACCAGUCUAUGUUGAUGGUAUUAUGUGCAUGGGUAAGCCACUCAGGAAAGUAGGCUUCUAUGAACAUGCCUGUAGCCACCUUUGUGCACUUAUAGCAUCAAGUCCUUCAUCAUGCUUUUCUCAGAUUGAGAGGUGUCUUGUUGAAUAUCUUAUUGGAGAGGACUUGUUUUCGGUGAUACUCGCAAUGGACCUCUGGACAUUCUUGGGAAGAUGGGAAUCAGCAGAACUAUGCUCAAGUCAUGCACAUUUUCUAAUUGGUUUGAUGAAUAGCUUACCCAAGGGCAGUACGUCACAGUGUCACGUGUCUAGGCUAGUCAGACGAUUGACCCGUCUUAUGGCAAAGGACCACCAGGAACAACUACUUUCAAGCUUUCCUCCAUCAAAAGCUGAAAACAUCCUCACUUGGUCUAUUCUGCCUUUUGGUGAUUUAACUGAUGAUAUUCGUUCAAAGGUCUGUCGUACUGCAGUCCCAGUUUGUAUCAAACGUUGUCAUGACUGUCUAUCAAGUAAACCCUCAAAACUUCAUGAAAAUAUUCACUACAUUGGCUGUUUAAAAGCGAUCUACAGUCUUGAACACGCCCAUCGUCUUGUCCCUCCCGUACAUCACUCGGCUGUGGUUGAUCUGGUGAAUAAUGUAUGGACGAAGUUUAACAAGCAGGCCAUCAAGAUGAGCGAAGAUGUCUGGUUAGACGUCAUUGAAUUGUCUGGUUUACUGCUACCGUUUAUUCAACCGCAAGACUACGCAAGGAUCCUUCGCUGCCUGCGUAACCUAUCAAACCAGUGCAACUCUGUUAGUAUCAAAGUAGCUAUUGCUGAUUUUCUUGGAAAGUGCGGAACCCAGGAAGUUCAGCAAGAUUAUGAGACUGGAGUGUUUGAAUCGGUAUCUGGUUUAUUCUCAUGGCUUGUUAGCAGUCACUCGUGGCUCGUCCAUCAAAAGUCUCUGGAGGCUGUCAAGGCAUUUGCGGAGGUCACUCCGUACACGCACAUUAUGGGGGACUGUGUUCCUGAACAACUCUUACCUAGUCUUUCAGAUUUCCUCAAUAACAUUCCCUUUAAGCGAGAAGAAAUUUCUCUUCAAAAUAAGUAUUGGAUCCAAGAACUAAUCAAGAGUCAAAAUAAAACACCCGAAGAAGUAACUACAGAUUACAAAAGAAGCAUGGCCGCACAAGAUGAAGGCAUUGCGGACAACGCCAACUGUUUACAAGAGCCUGAGCCGAAGAGAAUUAAACGCGACGUCAUGGAAGAUGCCAAUAAGGAUACAGAAACAGAUCAGAAUGACGUCAUGUACAGUGAGGUGGUUCAGAAGAUGAGGUCACAGCUAAAAACCCUGACUGAUCUUCGUACCAAGCACACACCAAGUCUGUCCAUCGUGAAGGAAUUCGAAGAAAUAUGCUCGACUCUUAAGACGUUUGUACAAGACUUGAAGGUGACACAGUAACCAUUAUGUUAUAAAAUUCGAAUUGCGUGACAGCUACACUCGACACGAAAUUGCGUGACACUCGCAAGUGCGCACUCAACAGAGACAGUAUUCAAGGAAUAUACAUUUAGUGUAUAUAAGCUUUAAACGUUAAAAGCCUUUAAAAGCUUUAGUUUUAAUAAGAUUAUUGCAAACGAUAAAUAAAUAAAUAAAUAAUGUGAGGAAAUGGAAUUGAUGACUUGCGCUAACAAGUCACGUGACCGUAAACCUCUUAAAUCUAUCAGUUGUGAGCAUCACGAACGAAACGUGCACCUCGAUAUUAGUAAAAAGGCAGAGUUUCGGCUUUUAAUGUCAACUGUAAAAUUAAUGGCAUUUGUAAUAAGAUCGAUUAAGGUGCGAUUACACGGAGCAAUUUUCUUUGCAAAUUGUCUCGCAUUGCCACACAAGUUGCAUGGAGUAUUUAUAGCGUGUAGCCUACAGCGCAAUUUGAAAAAUGUUGCGAGACAAG